GUGAUUCCAGAACCUUCUUCCGCGAGGAGGUUACAGCUGGAGCUCCCAACGCUCACUCUUUUCUCGCCCACCGCUGGUGUCGCUGCUGGCUAUCCGCUGCCGCUCGUAUCUUCACAGGGGGAAGAAAAUCGCUUUGAGGAGGAGAGAAGAGAAAAAUGAAGACAGGACAUUUUGAAAUGGUCACCAUGCUUCUGGCAGCCAUGAUUCUAAUGGACGUCUUCCAGGUGAAGGCUGAAAUGUUGGACAUGGCUGAUAAUACAUUUGAUGAUGAAUACCUGAAAUGUAUUGACAGAAUGGAAACGAAAUAUGUUCCCCAACUGCUCACAGAGGAAAAAUCAACCCAUCAGCUCUUACAGACUGUGUGGGAAAAUGCAAAAGCCAAAUGGGAAGCCCAGAAAGCUCAACUCUUUCUUCCUUUGAAUUUUAAGGAUAACCAUGGAAUAGCCCUGACAGCGUAUGUUUCUGAAUAUCAACAGCAAACUCCUUUUUACCAUCUCUUCAACGAAGCUGUGAAGAUGGCCGGGAAAUCUCGAAAAGCUUAUAUCUAUGACUUCCAGUUCAAAGCUUUUCAUUUUUACCUGACAAGAGCCCUGCAGUUGCUGAGAAGACCUUGUGAGGAAAGUUACAAAAAUGUGGUGUAUAGAAUAAGCCAGGACACUUCAUUUACAUUUGGAGAGCUAAACCAAGCCAGGCUUAGCAAUUUCACAAUGGCAUACUCAGCCAAACCUCAAACAGUUGAUGAGCAACAAAUUGUAUUAACCAUCCACACAUGCUUUGGAAUUGCUGUUGAAAAGUUUUUUGAUAAAGAAAAUGAAAAAAUUACUUUAAUACCUCUGAGUGAGGUUUUCCAGGUUUCACGGGAAGGGGAUAGCAAUAAUCUUAUCCUUCAAAGCACAAACAAGACCUGCAGCCAUUAUGAGUGUGCGUUUCUAGGUGGACUGAAAACUGAAAGUUGUGUCGAGAACUUGGAAUAUUUUCAGCCCAUCUACAUCUACAACCCUAGUAAAGAAAACCAGAGUCUUGAGGACCCUGGUAUGAAAAGCCUUGAAUCCACUGAAAUACCUGGAAUAAAAGUGGUAGAACCAGAUGAAAUAAAAGAAGAUGAAAGUCAAAGAGAUACCAACAGUCCUACUCCAGCUCCAGCUCCAGGUCCAGAUCCAGGUCCAGGUCCAGGUCCAGGUCCAGCUCCUGUUCCAGGUCCCGAAACCAAUCCUUCUGCAUCCUCUGGCAAAAGGCUUCUUCCACCAUUUGGGACAUUCAUCAUUUUAAUCAGUGCUUCUGUUGUAAAUCUUUUUGUUGCUCCAUAGUUUGAUACAGUCUUUAUCUUUCUUAUUCUUUACUUGAAAUACACUACAGGGAUCCUAUAGGAGAUCAAAAGGAAUGAUGUAUUUUUCACUUGUUGGCCAAAGCCACUUUAUAAAAUGAGAACUGUAUAUUUGUUAUUUGUUUUGCAAUUCAGAAAGUUGGUCCAGAUAUAAUGUCACAGAAUUAACUUUUCUUUUAUUUCUAUAUUAAUCUUAUUUUUAAAAAACAAAACUGUACUUUUGAUUGGAUUCAAUAAAAGACUUUAAUAUUAGUAGA